AUGCUUCUCUGUCGUUACUGGCUAACAAAACUUUUAUUAAAUUGGCCUUUCCAAAGAGUUAAUUUUGACAAUAUUAUCUUCAAUCCAAUAAUGCUUAUGUUGCUAUUCGAGAACAAAAAUCCGCUAAUUUUUAGUAGACUUCGAGUACGCUUUGAAGAAGAUCUUUUUCGAGUUGUUCUUCAACAAUAUUCCAUCUUUCUGAAAAAAUCUAAAAUGGAGGAUGGUUGGCAAAAACAUGUGGAUUUAUGGCCCUAUGCUCGAUUGGCUGAUUGCAUUAAGGUGUAUAAGGAAUCAUUGCUAGAUUAUGGUAGUGGCUGGGUUGUAGGUCUUUCUGUAUACCCAAUUUCUUAUAUGAAAGUAAUGGGCUUUUAA